AUGAAAAUAGUAAAGCUACCAUGGCUAGCUCACCAGGAAGAAACAAGGAAAUUCGAAAUCUACUCAAUUAACGUGGCUCCAGAUGGCUCAAGGCUAGCGUCUGGAGGGUUGGAUGGAAAGAUCAAAGUAUGGUCUGUGGAACAGAUAACAAACUUGAAGGAGAAGUACAAUCUUCCAGCUGCCAACAACGACCAGCAGCAGCAACAGCUUGACAAAUUCUAUCCUCUAGCCAGCAUGGCUCGCCAUACAGGGGCUGUUACAGUAGUUCGUUUUUCUCCCUCUGGCAGAUUUCUAGCUUCUGGUUCUGACGACAAAGUCAUUCUUAUCUGGGAAAAGUCUGACGACUCUGAGAACCAAAAUCAACGAUCUCAAUUUGGUGAAGCAGAAACUGAUACUGAACAUUGGGUUGUCAGAAAGAGAUUGAUCGGUCACUCAAAUGAUAUCGAGGAUAUUGCCUGGGCUCCUGAUUCCUCAUUUCUAAUUUCUGUUGGUUUAGACAGAUCAAUUAUAGUCUGGAAUGGUUUCAAUUUUGAAAAACUAAGGCGCUUUGAUAUCCAUCAGUCUCAUGUUAAAGGUGUUGCAUUUGAUCCGGCAAAUAAGUACUUUGCUACAGCUUCUGACGAUAGGUCUGUCAUCAUAUUUAGAUACCACAAAUCAACCACAAACGACCAACUACAAAAUAUGAAUUUUUCAAUUGAAACGAAAAUUAAAGCGCCAUUUAAGGGUUCACCUCUAACCUCCUAUUUCAGAAGAUUGAGCUGGUCUCCAGAUGGCGAACAUAUUGCUGUUCCAAACGCCACAAAUGGCCCCUUAACAACUGUCGCAAUCAUUGAAAGAGGAAAUUGGAACUCAGAUAUUAGUUUGAUUGGCCACGACUUACCUUGUGAAGUUACUUCUUUUUCCCCUAUUUUAUUUAAUGUCAGAUCUUCAAAAAAAUCAAAAAAAAAAAAUGAACAGAAAUUGUCAACAAUUAUCGCUACUGCUGGUCAGGAUAAAUCUUUGGCUAUUUGGAAUAGUGAAAGAUCAAAGCCCUUGAUUGUUGCAACUGACAUUUCUUUUAAAACAAUUACUGAUUUAGCUUGGACUCUUGAUGGUCAAACGCUAUUUGUAAGUUCUUUGGAUGGAACAAUAACAGCCCUAUUUUUUGAAAAAAAUGAAUUGGGUAUCCCUGCUUCUUUGGAAACAAUUAACAAACAUUUGCAUAGAUUUGGUGUCGGAAGAGACUCUAUGAUUUUUCCCGAAAGUGUUGAUCAACUAAUAUUAGAAGAUCAAUAUAAUAAAACUUUCAAAAAAAGCUUAAAUCACAAUAAACUAUUAGACGAAUCUCAUAUGAAUAAAUUAAUGAAUAAAAACACUUUAAUACCAAACAACAUCGGCUUAAAUACCACCGCGAACAACUCUAACAAUGUCAAAAAUUUCAAUCCAAUAAUUUCAUCAAGUAAAAAUGUCAAUAUAUUAAUACCAAGAUCAAAAAAAAAUAAUAAAAAAAUUAUGCCAACUUUGAAAAAAGUUAAUCAUUUAGCUCCUAAAAAGAUCAUCGAUCAAAAAAUAAUAAUAACGAAAGAUGGUAAAAAAAGAGUUUCUCCUACUUUAAUAUCUACCUCAUCUUCCUUAUCUAAAUCCUUUUCCUCUGUUAUUGCAACAAAUAUAAAGAUUCAAAAACAAUUGGAAAAUUUAUCCUACCCAAAUUCAAAGCUACCCCGGUUUGGAGUACAGACGUAUGUAUCAGGCUUGAGAGAAAAAAAUGACAAUUCUGGUGAGGGCUUUGAUAAAGAAGAUGAUGAUGAUAAUGAAGAAAUAUUAUCAACAACUACACAAAAGAAAUCAAAUAUAUUGUUUGAUCAUAAAUCAAGUGGAAUCACAAAAUUUAAAGAAGUCGAAGUUAAUGAUAAAACUAUUACAACUAAUUUGAAAGUUUAUCUUUCAAAAACUGAUGUCAAUAACUACAGGCCAAAAUCCGUUUUGCAAGUAAUUCAUCCAAACCAAAAUAAACCUGUAUUGCCUAGAAUUUUCAAUUCUAAAAAAGUAGAUGUUUUUGAAGAUAAUAGCGAUAUUCCAACUAAAAUACUCAUCAACAGUUUCAACUGUUCUGAUAAUUGCGAAUUUUUUAUUGAAGAUAGAGUUAUACAGGCGGUUUCAGUUGAAUCCAAAGAAUUAUGGAUUAUUGCCACCUCAACGAAUUCUUUGCAUUUUAUUUCUUUUACCGGAAGAUUGAUUUAUCCAAAGAUUCAGCUAAGAAAUAAUGAAGAUCGUUCAAUAAGUUUUAUGAAUUGUUUUAAAGAUAAAUAUCUCGUUAUUAUCUUGAAUAUUGGAAUAAUUCAUGUUUGGAAUAUACACUCAUUUCAAUCAUUAUAUGAUGGAGGAAUCUCACUAGCACCUGUUUUAAAUACUCCAAUUUCCAAAUUUCUCAGUAAUAGUGAUAUUAGAAAUAAUAACGACGGAAAACCGUACGUUGCAUUGGAAAAUGGUGAGGUUUAUAUGUGGUCUACUGAUAUGGAAGUUUGGCUUAGGAUUAUUGAUCCAUGGUAUUUGAAAAGUCUU